AUGAGGUGUAGGACAAGUGGAGACCCAAAAAAAGGUUGUAGAAGGUGUCUGCAAGGCCUGGAAAAGCCGUUGGAUGCUCGGCAAAGGCUCCGCCGAAAAAGUGCAAAAGGCGGAGAGCGGUGAGAGAGAAAAACACUUUUUUCUCAUAUCUUUGCCAGUUUUGUGAGAAAAAAUUUGAUUUUUUGUGGAAACAUUACACUCUACGGUAGAAAUAACCAUGAAACUUUUUAUGCCAAAAUUCGAAAAACUAAAUUUGAAAUUUUUCCAACUUUCGACCUAAAAAUCUUGGUUUUUUCAAGCAAAACUCGCGCUAGAAGUCUUGCAUAUGUCUCAAAAAAAGCUUCUCUAAAUUUGCUCCAAGUUUCAUUGAAAUCUGAGCGUCGCACAUGGCGUGCUUCACCUGUUACUACAAGCCUUUUUUUGCAGUGAAAAUCGACCCAAAAGCAAAAAAAGCCGAGAAAUUCCGUGACCUUCGUUAAAUGAAUCCAAAACACUGCAGUAAUGAGCAAAGAAAGCUCAAACCCUAGUGUGGGAAGCCUCCAAAACACACAUCACAAAUGCGCCGGACAAAAAAGCCAAAGCAAAAUUGCGAACACGAGCGCUUUUCGGUGAUCUACGACUUCCGCGACGCCCUCGAAGAACACUGACCGAAGCUGUCAAUUUUAUUAGUUAGUAAAAUUGGUCACUAAAGAACCGCUACAUUUGACACACAUUCCGUAUAGUUUAUGAAAGUUAUAAAAAUAAAUUUUUUGUUGAUUUGAUGGCAAUAGAAAAGAGUUUGUAACGGAUGCAAAAGAAGAGAAGAAAACGUUUUUUUUGCAAAGAUGUCGUCAACAAUUUAUUUAAUAAAUUUGUUGGAAAGUCAAACAAUGAUUUGAUUGAAUUCAUCAAUGAAGAAUCUGCAAAAAAAUCUUUUUGGAAAUUAAGAUUAACCUCUCUAAAUGUCAGAGAUGGCUUGGAAAAGCUCUGAGUGGACAAUGCACGCACCAUGGAAAUGAAUCACUUUCUAGUCCUAUAGAUAAGAGGAUGGAAUAAAAAUGGGGGUAUAUUAGUAUCAAAUCCGGGCCAAAUUGGCCAAAUCAUCAGGGACAAUUACACUUUUACAACGGCAAAAAAAUUAAUUUUUCGCUUGUCUAUACCGACCGGUCGGCAAGGGUUGGACUUCGGAAUGUUUACUUUUUUGUUCACCGCUCUCUCAAGCGGUAGAAUCCGUUUUUACAUUUUUACAUAGGGCUUGCCAAACUUUCGAAAUCGACAAAUUGUGAGGGGUACCCACAGUUUCGUAACGGACUGUAGAGAUACACCCUUUGUUGGCAAAAAUUGACUUUUCAUACGCCGGACAUUGCUCGUUAUAGUUUCGUUGUAUGGAAUAAUUGUCACACAGAACUUCAUUAUUUGGAAAACACGGUGAACAUCAUGAUAGAAUGAGUUAUGUUUUGAUUUGUAAUCACAUGGAUCUGUGUAAAGCCGACCAUUUUUUUGGCGCGCAAUUCUCAUGCAGUCACAUGGAUCAAGUUGGUCGUGUGGAGUCCGUUCUUAAAGUCGCUGGAAUGAUUUUUGGCGUCUGUGCAGAAACAUUCAGAGUUCUAGAGACGGCCCAAAACAGCCUAUUGCAAGGUACAAAAAGCCGAAAAUUGUACAGUUCAAACGUGAACUCUAGCGACUUUGCAAACGACUAGUGUCAUUGCAUCAUCAGCUAUAUGUUUUUUUAAAUCGGAAUCAUUCGGAUGCGUUUAUGAUCAACUCAUAUUUCGCCAUGCGUAAUUCUUGAAGCAUUGUUUAAACGGAAGCGCUACGUGUCUCGAAAUAAAACACAUAUCUCUGGUCAAGCGGACAGCGCGCUGCAGCGGUCAUUUUUUACCACGUUCGGCAUCUCCAUAACAACUCGGGUUUCUUCCCGGAUAUUAAAAUAAAAUUAUAUUACUCUAGACACUUUCAUACAAGAAGCAUCCAUCUUCUUGAACAAGAACAACAAAUUUUCUAUUUUUACUUGCUCCGUUUUGCAUGAAACAUAUGGUCGCAUUUGACUUACAUGUUUUUCCGUUUCUAUUUAUUAGAGCUUUUUUCUAACCAGUCAGCGGCUUUGACCGAUUAAUGACCGGCGAUAUUCCGAAAAUAAGAGCUCACACGCUUUUAUUUGCAUAUUCAUUCCGUUCCAUGCGCAUUCGAACCACUUAUAGCUACAUUACAAACGCCUUUUUGUAAUUUACAGCACAAUUUCUUACUGUAAUUUACAAAAAAAUCUAAUUUUACUCAAAAUUUUGCAAAAUUUUUAUGCAUACAAUAAGAUUAUCUGAUAUUUUGUUUGUUUUCCCACUUUUCUCACCAUUCAUUGCUCUCAAAUACCUUUUACAGUACUCGCAAUCGGACCGCUGAACUCUCACAGAAGAACGCACUCGCAGUUCGCAUGGGCUCGGGCGCAGCUCGCCGCCGACUCGCCGUUUUAGGUUUUCAUUUGUCUGGGUUAUUUUCGCGGUCGGCGGGCCUGUUGUUUACGUGUAGCUCGCUCCAUUUACGCUUCUGGACACAAAUUUGUUUACGGAACAUCUUCUUCCAAUGCUUCACUACGUUUUUACCCUUUUUGGGUGAUUUUUUUACGAAUUUUGAGGAUUUUGGGGACUUUUUAUGUUGAAAAAAUUAUUUUCGAGUAUCUAGGGUAAUAUUUGCUAAAAUGUUUGGCUCUUUGUUGGAAUAUAGCUUCUAUUCUACUCUCAGAUUGUUUUAUUACCAACCUUUUUUGACACUUUUAAGAAAUUUUUGCUUUUUUAGAGCAAUUUAUAUUGCACUUGACAUCUGGCCUAAAAUGCGAUUUUCUCCAUGCUCAAUUCGAAUUUUUUGUCCAAUCUUUUUUCUAAAAUGCUCCUUAUGGCUUUCUGAAUAUUCUAUACUAGACUACAUCUUUAUCUGACGACGUUUUCGCACUAAAAAUUACGAAAUACUAGCUCCACCCCUUAGUUUUUGGUAGGUUACGAAAUAUUCCUCUUGUAUCCUCCUAACAACAUUUUUCUUCAUUCGUAUUAUGUCUAACUCUAUGCGUGAGCCGGUAUUCGACUACUCUGGUGGUUGUUCUGUUGCAAAUAUGACUUGACUAUUCCGUUCCAGGUGCCGCACUCUUUUGGUAGGUCCCUCAAUUUGGCCCAAUUGUUGUUUUCUAACGGGUGUAACAUUGUUCGUUAGAGUGUUGUUGAGAUGUCUGAAGACGCCGCCGAUCGUAAUGUUGAGAUUUGGAAGAUCAAGCGACUGAUCAAGUCGUUGGAGAUGGCCAGAGGGUAAGCUUUGUAAUUUUCGCUUUUUUUGGUGUUUAGGUGAAGAUAAUUGAUGGGAAUGCUGAAUAGUAGAGGCGAUAGGGUUCGUAGCUUCUAUCUAUGAAAAGAUUUUGGCCAAAACAGUCCAUUCUAUACGAUUUGUGAGCUGUUUUAUGUCAACUGCCAAGUGUAAUGUAACUCAUAUCUAAAACUUUCGAAAUCCGUCUAUACGAGUAUGCCUAAUGGCUUCCAUUUGUAGUAACGGAACCUCUAUGAUCUCCCUGAUCAUCCCUCCUCGUGAUCAAAUUGCUCGAGUCAGUAAAAUGUUGGCCGAUGAAUACGGAACCGCCUCCAAUAUCAAGUCUCGAGUAAACCGACUCUCCGUUCUCGGAGCUAUCACCUCCGUACAAGGACGUCUGAAGUUGUACAACAAAGUCCCUCCAAAUGGUCUGGUCAUCUACUGUGGUACAAUUGUUACGGACGAAGGGAAAGAAAAGAAGGUUAACAUUGAUUUCGAGCCUUUCAAGCCCAUCAACACUUCUCUUUACCUCUGCGAUAACAAGUUCCAUACUGAGGCGCUUCAAGGUGAGGAUUUUUAUUUUGUUUUUGUUGGGUUUUAGGUAUUUGUAUAUUGUACUUGAUGUCUGAUGGAAUUCCUUUUGUUUCGAAGGUAAUGAAUGAAAAUUUCAGCCCUCUUGGCCGAUGAUCAGAGAUUUGGAUUCAUUAUCAUGGAUGGUAACGGCAGUUUGUUCGGAACUCUUCAAGGAAACACCCGUGAAGUUCUCCACAAGUUCACUGUGGACCUGCCCAAAAAGCACGGUCGUGGUGGUCAAUCUGCCCUGCGUUUCGCUCGUCUCCGAAUGGAAAAGCGGCACAAUUACGUGAGAAAAGUGGCCGAAACUGCGGUGGAGUUGUUCAUCAAAAACGACAAGGUCACAGUGGCUGGACUUGUCCUGGCUGGUUCGGCCGAUUUCAAGACCGAAUUGGGACAGUCCGAUAUGUUCGAUCAGAGAUUACAGGUGAGAAAUUUUAUUUUUGUUUUGGUUUUUAGAUCAUCUACGGACUUGAAGAGCAACAAAUCGAUAAUUUUACAGUUUUGUUGUCUAAACUCACUUAUUUUAGGCUAAAAUUGUAAAAACUGUCGAUGUAUCGUACGGAGGAGAGAACGGCUUCAAUCAAGCCAUCGAACUGGCUUCGGACGCUUUGGCCGACGUUAAAUUCCUCCAGGAGAAGAAGCUCAUCUCCACCUUUUUCGCCGAGAUCUCCCAAGACACUGGCAAAGAGGUGUAUGGUGUCCUAAACACUCUUCAAGCCCUCGAAAUGGGCGCUGUCGAGACCCUCAUCUGUUGGGAGAACUUGGACGUGACGAGAUACGAGCUGAAGAACGGAAAUAAUGAGAUCAAGGUGAUCCAUUUGACCCCACAACAAGAAAAGAAUAAGGAGAACUUUGUGGACAAGGAGUCGGGAUCGGAUAUGGAGGUGGAGAGCUCAAUGCCGCUGCUGGAAUGGCUGGCUAACAACUACAAGAAGUUUGGAGCUACGCUGGAAAUUGUGACCGACCGGUCUUCGCAAGGAGCCCAGUUUGUCCAUGGCUUUGGUGGAAUUGGAGGUGAGAAUUUUUUUGAUUUUUUUGUUGACUUUUAGGGAAGUUGGAAGGAUUUUCAAGAUGAUUAUGACAGUUGGGAAUAUGAGGAAGGUUAGAAAGGAAAAAUUUUUGUUGAAAGAUGAAUAGUAGGACCUUAUUUUAGACAGGUGCUAGAUCAACUUUUGAGUAUCAAAAAUUUUUGUCAAGAAUAAUAAAACUAAUUUUCCCAGGCCUUCUGCGCUACCGUGUGGACUUCCAAAUGAUCGAAAUCGCCGACGAACAGGAUGACUUUGACCUCGACGACUACUGA